UUUUUUGGUGGAUCACUUUAAGUCUUUUUGGUAAGAGUGCAAGGCAAGAGGGGAAUAUUCGGCAAAGUGUUCGCCAUCGGAGCGAAGCUUAAUUUCUCCGGGAAUCGGAGAUUCUCUUCGUUCAUCUCUCGGAAAAUUCCGUGUCGUUUCCUUGGUUCAAUUUCCCUCGAACGAAUCUGGGAAAUCAAUGGCCACAGUGAGAAAGGCUUCGCAUGCAGGCUCUUGGUACACCGAUGAUUCGACUGAGUUGGCUGAAGAGCUCGGGAAAUGGCUCGAAGCCACGGGAUUGGCUAAGUCACCGGACGUACGGGGUGUGAUUGCUCCGCAUGCCGGCUAUUCAUAUUCUGGUCCUGCUGCCGCAUACGCAUUUGCGAAUAUAGACCCUACAGUCUUUUGUCGGGUAUUCCUCCUCGGCCCAUCUCACCACUAUUACACCCCAAAAUGUGCUCUUUCAACCGCUACAGUGUACAGGACUCCCAUUGGCGAUUUACCCAUUGAUUUGGAAGUUAUUGAGGAGCUAAAAGCUACUGGAAAAUUUGAACUGAUGAAUCUCCGUGUUGAUGAGGCGGAGCACAGCAUGGAAAUGCAUUUGCCAUAUCUAGCUAAAGUAUUUGAGGGGCAUGAAGUAAAAGUUGUUCCCAUCUUGGUUGGCGCACUAAGUGCUGAAAGCGAAGCCUUGUAUGGACAACUGUUAGCCAAAUAUGCUGAUGAUCCUAGGAACUUUUUCUCUGUUUCCUCGGAUUUUUGUCACUGGGGCUCACGGUUUGAUUACAUGCACUAUGACAAGAAACAUGGUCCGAUAUACAAGUCCAUUGAAGCCUUGGACAGGAUGGGCAUGGACAUAAUAGAGACAGGAGACCCCGAUACUUUCAAACAGUACUUGCGGGAAUACAAGAACACAAUCUGUGGCCGCCAUCCGAUCAGUGUUUUUCUCCAUACGCUGAGAAAUUGUUCGACGAAGAUGAAGAUAAAGUUCCUGAGAUAUGAGCAGUCAAGCCAAUGCAAGAGCACACGGGACAGCAGCGUAAGCUAUGCCUCUGCAGCUGCAACUAAGGUUGUCGACUCUUGAAACCCUCCUUUGUCCGAAUAACGUUUUCUCCAAACUGUCUGAAAUUCCAAUCAAACUCACUUCAUUCUAAGUAACAAAAAUUUCCAUUUUUCAAAGUCUUUGCCUUUCCACUUCCCAUGGUUAUGUCUGAUUUGAUUUAAGAAUCCGUGUUAUGUU